AAUAUGGUGGACUGUUUUGUUUCCAGAGAGCAUAUUCCAGGAGCUGUAUACAUGAAUAUUUUUGAGGCAGAGCACAAUGAUAAUUUUCCUCGUAACUUGCCCAAGGCCAAGACUAUCGAGGAAAAGGCUAGAGCAGCGGGAAUCAACAAAGACACGCACGUAGUCGUCUACAGUGAUUCCGCUUUCUGUGGAUUCUUCAUCGGGGGUCGGGGCUGGUGGACUCUCAAAUUGUUCAGUCACACUCAGGUGUCUGUGUUGGAUGGUGGUCUGGCUAAAUGGAAAUCUUGUGAAUAUCCCUUGACCAAUGCCGUUGUUCCUACCAAGACUGGUAACUUCACGUCCAAGUGGGAUGGAGUUCUGUACCGCAGUUAUGAAGAUGUGUUGGGGAAUGUGAAGUCGAACAAGUUCCAGCUGGUUGACUGUAGACCUGCAGCGGCCUUCAAUGGAGAAGAAGGCUGUCUUGGACACAUUAAAGGAGCCAAGAACAUCCAACUGGGCUUGGUAAUCAACCAGGACAAGUUGGAACUCAAGUCAACAGAUGAGCUUAAAGAAGUGUUCUCUAAGGCUGGUGUUGAUGUGAAGAAGCCAAUGGUUUGUCACUGUGUGUCAGGACUUGCAUCAUGCACAGUGACUAUUGCUGCAAUGCUGUGUGGAAGCAAGAACAUUGCCAUCUAUCAUGGUGGGUAUUCCGAGUGGAAGAAUCGAUCACCUGACCUUCUGGUUAAGUGAAGUUCAAGGAUAGACUGCAGUCUGACUACGUGAUGAACAGUGGAUAAUACUUUUAACCCACUCAGUUCUGUUCUAUUUUAUUAUACACUGUGGUAUACUAUUCAACUACGUAAUCAACAUUUCCAUAUAUUUUACACUUGCACAAUAUUGUUUUAUUUUCAUUUUCUAACACAUUGUUUUUGUGUUAAUUGUUAUUGCUAAUUAAUUUCCUAGAUUUUUUCUUUCUUUUUUGGGGUAGUUUUUCACAAAAAUAGGAAUCAACGAUAUAUUGUUGAUAUUUGUUUAUCUUAUUUUGAUAUCAACAUUAAAAUUUGUUUUGUUUAAUGACAGUACUAGAGCACAUUGACGUAUCAAACAUCAGCUAUUGGAUAUCAAAUAUUUGUUAAUUUUGACAUAUAGUUUUAGAGUAAAAAGU